GCUGCUGUUUGAAACAUAACAAGGUUCAAAAGUUAAAGUGACAUAAAGAAGGUAAAGAAGUAAGGAUGGCAGUUUGGGACAAACAGAUUCCCUGGAUCUUUAUGAUGCUUCUGGCUGGUGCUGCUGGUGCAGCUGUAAACUAUCCAGGUUCUGUUUGUGCUGUAAGAGGAUCGACUGUCAUCCUGCCCUGCACCUUCACACCACGGAGGUCUUUCACUCAGAAUGGUAGAGAAGUUCCACUGAAGAUCAUCAGAGUCCGCUGGUGUGUGAAUCAUCUUAUUUGUCAUGACACCACCCCAUCUGUGUAUGACAGCUCAUCACCAACAGCCAACCCUCGUUACAAAUACCUGGGAGACAUGACUGGAAACUGCACUUUACAGAUCAGUAAUAUUCAGAAGAUUGACAGCAAAACCUUCCGCUUCAGGAUGGAAGCUGACGACAGAGCAGGACAUUACACUGGGCAGUCAGGAGUGAAUGUCACUGUCACUGUGGUGCAGAGGAUGUUUGUGUUGAUUUCUCUUGUUCUGAGCUCCAGAGAUGCCGGAGAGCUGAGCUGUACAUCAGUCUGCAGCUUCCACCAGCUGGAGGUCAGCUGGUUUAAAGAUGGAAACGCCCUCCCACAGUCUGGCCCCGCCCUCCAGCUCGGCCCGCUGACUGCAAAGGAUUCUGGGAACUACACCUGUGCUCUGACAACCGAUCAGAGAACAACCUCCCUGCCGUUCACUGUGCGUGUGGAGAAGGAAGAUGAAGGCCUGAAUCAUGACACAUGGGACAAACUGCUGAUAGUUCGUGUGGUUCUGUUCACGCUGCACACUUUGCUCAUCGUCAUAGUGACAGCUGUCAUCAUCAAAAGAACAUGUGUUUGCAAGAAAGCCACAGCAGAGAACUGA